GUCGUCGUCAUCCUCGACACUACCUGCCAGGGUUCAAGCGGGGCGCAGAUGAGCAGUCCGUGGUGCGUGCGGCGCCCCGAGGCUGGCAGAACCUCCCUCGCCGCACUUCUGCCCGCCUCACUGCCGGCUGUCCCUCCCGCCACUCACCUUGUUUCCCGCCGCCGGCCGCCGCCUCUCUCUCUUCCUGAACCAAGGGCGCCAGCAGCUCCACUACUCGUUGCUGCAACUCGACCAGGCCCUGCCGCACACCGCGCAGCUGGCCGCCCUCACCCUCCACCGCCGGGCACGGUACCCGCACCGAUCGCGUUUGCCCGUCGCGGCCCCUUAGCUCCGCCACCAGCUCCAUCGCGCCGCCGCCGACCCGGCCCCGCCCCCCUUACGUGCACGCCGCCAGCCUGCUGCGCGGGCUCCCUCUGUGACGCACGGCCCCGGUCACGUGAGACGCGCAGUUCCGCUUCCGCCGUGGCGCCCUCUGGCGCCUCGGCCGUGUGUUUCCCGCCUCCACUCGCUCGGCCUCGCGUUCCAGCGAUGGAGGCGGCGGCGGAGGGUGCUGAGCCGGGGAGCGGCUGCGGGGGCGGCGCGGAGGAGCCAGUGGUUUCCUUGGCGGAGGUGCUGGCGGAGAACGAGGAGCUCGAGAAGGAGGCGCGAGCUGUACUGGGGGGCAGCGACCACGAGCGCUGCAGCUACUCGCAGGGUGCCGUGAAGAGGCAGGCGCUGUACGCCUGCAGCACCUGCACGCCGCCCGGCGAGGAGCCGGCGGGGAUCUGCCUUGCCUGCAGCUACGAGUGCCACGGUACCCACCGCCUCUUCGAGCUCUACACCAAGAGGAACUUCCGCUGUGACUGUGGAAAUAGCAAGUUCAAAAAUCUGCAGUGCAAGUUACUCCCAGAAAAGGGCAAGGUGAAUUCAGGAAAUAAGUAUAAUGACAAUUUCUAUGGAUUAUACUGUACUUGUAAAAGACCUUAUCCUGAUCCUGAAGAUGAGAUUCCAGAUGAGAUGAUCCAAUGCAUAGUUUGUGAAGACUGGUUCCAUGGAAGGCAUCUUGGCACAGUUCCCCCUGAAAGCGGAGACUUCCAUGAGAUGGUGUGCCAAGCCUGCAUGAAACACUGCCAUUUCCUGUGGGCCUAUGCGGCGCAAUUAGCAGUUCCUGCUUUGACCAAAGUGAACUCCCUUGAAGAUGAAGGAAUUGUCCUGAAGGUUGAAGAAAGUGAAGAGCAGAAAAAAGAAAUAAAACCAGAAAGUGGAGUGGAACACCAGGAAAUGAAGGAGGAAAACCAAAUUGAACAGUUUAAUGAACCAUCUACUAGCUCUGGGGCUGCCUGUCUGGAGGUAGUUGCUAAGAGUGAGGUGCCAGUCUGCAAGCUGAAAGAACUCCAAAGCAAGCCCUUUGUCAAAAAAGAUACUGCCACCUUUUGGCCGUUGAACUGGAGAAGCAAAUUGUGCACCUGUGAAGACUGUUUGAAAAUGUAUUCAGAGCUUGAGGUGCAGUUCCUGACGGAUGAAUGUGACACUGUCUUGGCUUAUGAAAAUAAAGGUACCAGUGACCAAGAAACAGAGAGGAGAGAUCCUUUAAUGGACACCCUUAACAGCAUGAACAGAGUCCAGCAAGUAGAACUCAUCUGUGAAUACAAUGAUUUGAAGACAGAACUGACUGACUAUCUCAGGAGAUUUGCAGAUGAGGGAACGGUGGUUAAAAGAGAAGACAUUCAGCACUUCUUUGAAGAAUUUCAGUCACGGAAAAGACAACGGACUAACAGGAUGCAGUACUACUGUAGUUAGACUGAGAAGGUUCGGAUCUGAAACCACAACUGGGAAAAUAAUAUUCAUUGGCAAACAGAAGAGGCAUCUUCAGUAUUUGACUUCUCAUCAAAAUACAGCUGUCCAAGAAAUGUCUUAAUUUUGUCUCAUACUUCAUUUGUAGUGACUGUGUUCUUAACAGGUACAUUGCAUUUUUGGAUUUCAGUACUGACAGACUUGGCCUUGCUGUGAAAGCUGGUCUUAAGGGGGAGGAUGGCUCAUUACAAGGACAGGGUGCCACUGUGUGCCCUCAAGCCUGUCACCUGUUUGACUGUUAGUACCUAUAGCUGUCACUGUACUGAAACCUGGUGGGGGUACGGCCCACCCUCUUCCCUUCCUUCCAUGCAGCACAGGCAGUGCACACUCAGCAUGUUUUGGUAACCUGCUUUACGUGGCCCCAUGUCAGCUGGGGGUGUAGUGACAGUGCCCAGCGCAAAGUGAGUGUCCGUUCAUGGCACUGAGGCAGGCACAGGUCCUGAAGGGGUAAAGCAGAUGUGCAUUGCGGCCAGGGCUGUUGGAUGAAAUUGCAUUCUAACAUUUGGGUCACCUCAGGUGAAAGAAUCAGUGCUGCACUUCCCCAUGCUUGCUCUCCCCUCUGGAAGUGCUCCCUGGGCAGGUGAAAAAAUGAGAACUUAUAGGUUGGGCUUGACAAGAACCUGUUUUUAUAAAUUCAAAAACUUUGUUUCUAAUAAUGUACAGUGAUGUUUUACAUGCAAGUAAUUGUCACAUGAACUUUAUCCACUCACUAGGAUAUAAACAGUAUCUAGGAGGAGAUACUAAACUGCAACUUAAGCAGCAGAGGGAGGGGCAGGGUGGUUUUAGGAAUUAAAUGUGCUUUGCUUUUGAAAAUAGUCUACCACAAAUUAUUCUACUUCACAAACAUCCCUGAAAAGACUGCAGCAUCCUCAUGUUUUGCUACAAUAUAAACCAAACCUCUUUUUAUAAUCACUGUGGUAAUCACAGAACCAGAUAGGUUUUGCUGACUUCUACAAAUCUAUACUUAGCUACAAUUAAGUACUGACUUCUUUGUAAGGUUGGAGCCUAAUGUAGUUUUUAGUUUUCUUUGCCCUCAACCCCCAAAACAUACUUAAAGAAAGUUCUAUUUUUUAAACUCCUGCUUUAGCAACCUGGAAGAUUUCUUUGCCAUGGAGUACUAUUCUGCUUCUGUUAGUAACUCUUGAGAAGAGUAUCAGACUUCUAUCCUUAUCUCUAUUAAUUGUUCCUGACCACUUUAUUUACAAAAGCUAGUUCUAGAGUAGAGGCUCAGCUCAGCUGAUUGUUUAAUGCCAAAUGACUAGUUGCUUUUAACUCCAGGUAGCAUAUGUGCUCUUUUUUUUGUAGCAACUGUUCCAGGAGUUGUAACUGCAUCUCUACCACCACUAUCUCAAAAUUAAAGAACUGUUCAAUCUGUACUGUCCUGGUUUUUUGAAGUGCUGCUAUAAGUUUGUUUCCAUCCAUGAUCCAGCUAAACAGAGGACA